GUGCUAACAUGGCAUGUCGUUCGACACAUCAAAAGCAGUUUUUCUGAUCGCAUUUGGCCAGACCAGCAUGUCUCUCAAAUUACUAUCGAGCUGUUUUGUUCUGUUUGUGGCAAUUUAGUAUUAACUGAAAUAUUGACUUGAUGCUUUAAUAUAUAAAUCUUAAAUGUAUGUAAAUUUCCCAAUCAGAUAUAAUCUAAGGGGUGUUUUUGGAGAUAUACAUAGGGUGCUGGAGGUGGGAUGUGUUUUUAUGAUUCAGAACCGUGAAAACCAAAAGGUGGUUUGAAAGUCUGAUGCUACUAGUUUUGCGCGAUUCUGCUGAGACGCGGGUCCGCUUAGCGGCCCGGGCUGUGGCCAAAUCCGACACUAAUGUUAUAACAAAACAAAAAUAACUUCCCUAGAACGACAAGAUAAAUGUGUUUUUUUUCUUUCGAAGUCGCGGAGGUUAUAUUAUGUUAUAUUAUUUGAGUGUGUGUUUAGGUAAAAAAAAAUGUGAAAUAUUCUCACAGCGUUGCAGGCUGGUAGUGGUACCUGCAUUCAGGAAGAAUUUCUAACAGUUUCCUCAAAUAUUACUGGUGUAAAUGGGCUCUGUGGUAAGGAUGGGUAUGUAAUUCAGUAUUUUUAAGUGAUUGUUCAGCACUUAGGCAGCGGCUUCACGUGAGCCGCUUUCUGCACUCGGAUUCUCUGGUCAGCAAGUGCGGAAUGUGACUUGGGCUGGUUUUUUUCUUUUUUUAAAUUCUUUUCAUUUUAGUUUUGCUGAGUCACGCUUACGAUUAGCUUAUUCACCCCCCCCCCGCCCCUCCCAGGACGUGCAUGUGCCUUUCCACUGACAACAGGAACCUCUUUCUUCUAUUAUAGGCGCUAACGUAACAAGGCGAUUCGCUUCUGGGAAUGGGCGGCUCCGAAUAAAAGGUUCUUUAGAAAGACAUGAAUUGGUGUAUAAUAGCUUAUUAAUCGCUUAUGCCAGUUGCAGAUAAGGGGAGGCGGCCAUGGACCCUAACGGCCAGGAGACUUUCCCCGGAGGCGUACUGCCUGUCGUGGUUAUUGGCAAUGGCCCGUCAGGAAUCUGCAUGUCUUACCUGUUGUCUGGGUAUAUGCCAUAUCUCUCGCCCGAGGGCACCCACCCCAACGCCGUUCUGCAGGCGAAACUGGAGCAAAACCCCCACCUGUCUUUGUUGGAGCAGGAUCUGGAGUACCUCUGUGAGGGGCUGGAGGGCCGCUCGUCCAAUCCGGUGGCCGUGCUGUUUGACUCCCUUCUCCUGCCAGACAGUGACUUCGGACUGGACUGCCCCUCCCCGUUGCUAUGGCGAUACCAGCCUGAGCAAGCCACGCCCCACCUAGUCCUGGGCAGGGGUCUGCCAGGUGGAGCCUGGCACGCCAUGGAGGGCUCCAUGCUCACACUCAGCUUGGCCCGCUGGAUGGAGCUUCCAGGUCUGAAGCUGAAGGACUGGGUUCGAGACAAGCGCAGUUCCAGGAAUGUUCGUAAUGAUCGGGCCACACCAGCAGAGGUUGCCUCUUACUACCAGUCCUAUGUGACGCAGAUGGAUCUGCAGAAGAACUUCAUCAGUGGCACCAUGGUGACAUCGCUUUGUCGUGUUCCCCGCAAAGAGGGAGGCGCCCCCGUGUGGAUGGUGCAGGGACUGCAGCGGUUAUCUGAGCCAGGGGAGGAAACGGAGUGCCCGUUCAGCUUGCGAGCAGAGAACGUGGUGCUGGCCACGGGCACCCACGACGUGCCGGCCCGGCUAGGGGUCGACGGCGAGGACCUGCCCUUCGUGCAUUAUAGCUUUUGGGAGAUGGAGUCGGCUCUCAUGAAGGGGAACCUGGACCGGAACUCUGACCCGGUUCUGGUGGUUGGGGCGGGGCUGACGGCAGCGGACACCAUCCUGGUGGCUCACCACCACAGCGUCAACGUGUACCACGCUUUCCGUCGCUCGGUCAGCGACCCGGACCUCAUUUUCAACCAGCUGCCCAAGGUGCUUUACCCUGAGUACCACAAGGUGCAUCAGAUGAUGACCCAGCAGCAGUGCUGGCGAGGGAUGCCAGUCACCCACCCCGAAAACGCGCCCCUACCCUUCUCGGGCUCUUACCCCGGGUAUGUCAGCUUCCCCAAGCACCAUGUGGUGGCCUUCAAGCCGGACAAGAAGUGCGUGCUGGAGGACGCGGAGGGGCGGCAGACCAUCCUGCAGGUAUCCAUGGCCCUGGUCCUGAUCGGCGCCUACCCCAACCUCUCUUUCCUGCCCGACGACGGUCAGCACCUUGGCCUCAGCCCCCAGGAUCCAAUCAGCUGCCGGCGUAACCCACUGGAAGUCAACCCCUACACAUACGAGUCCGUGCGGGAGCCGGGCUUAUAUGUCAUGGGCCCCCUGGUGGGUGAGAACUUUGUGCGGUUCCUCAAGGGCGGUGCCCUUGCCAUUGCCAGUGACCUGGCCAGACGACGGCGCAGUGCUGAACAGAGUACAGAUGGGGACAAGGAAUGCGCACACAUCACACCUGCUUGUGACUCAUAGCUUAACGUAGACCGGACCAAAGUCAACUGGUAUGAACUAGACUGGACUAGGUUCACAGCUCAUUCAGAAAAAGGCAGCUUCCAGAAUCCUAUCCAUGAGAUUAAGGACUGUCUUUGUAUUAAGGGCAUUUCGUCCGUCAAGCAUUACUUGGAUGUGUUAUAAUAGCAUCCAGAGAUCCUUUCAUCAGAAAUCUGUCUCCCUUUGGGGGUACAGUAAGCAUUAUGUAUAAAUCAGUUUAUAAUAUAUAUAUUUGAAAUGCACAAACUUAGGGUGGAAAAUAUUUUUUCUAUAACACUUUAGCUGUAAUGUUAAUAGCCUAGCCUGUGAACAAAUUAAAUUUGAAUCUGUUUUUGAUGGGGUGUAAAUUCCAAAUAAUGUCUGUCGCUGGAGAGGAAAUGUCCUGGUUUUUUUUGUUCACGUGUGGGCAAUACCUCACAGCAUGUGACCUGUUUAAAGCACCAGUGUGGGGUGGCUCGGGUUUCCGAUUCACAAGGUGAAGUACGGUCUCCCGGGUUACAUGCCACGCUGCAGGUCUAGAGCGGCUGCUUUGUGAAAUCGCAUGCAGCUUUAAAUGCAGUCCGGCUUUAAUGCAAAUGCGGAGUCACAGAAUGCACGGGGAACGAUACCAGCAUUUCCUAAACAAAUCUCUCUUCUUUAACGGAGAGAAAAAAAUUAACAGGUAUUUAUUUGCAAAGUCAUGCAGCAUUUAUGUAUUUCUGUGUCGUUUUUAGUAGAAGAGGCCUUGGAACCAGAGGUUGGUCAUUUUUAAAACAAAGUAUUGCACCCAUGUACAAUACUCAUGCAACACUUACACACGGUAUAAUUUCAGCAGAUAUACAUCUGUGUAAUUCAGGAAUUUAAAAACCAAUACAGCAUCCAAUUCUGCUUAUUCUGAGAAAUGUAUGUAAUAGUUUGUAUUUUAUGUGGGAUUCUGUAACUCGUGUAACAAUGUCAUUGUCCUUCUUUUUGAUAACAAACUUUUUAUUCUGAACUUUAUGGCACUUUCACUUAGUCUGUUUUAAACAGCUUUUAUCAGACAAUUCGAGAUGUCUGGGGUGAUACGCCUGUUUCUGAAGCACACAGGUGAUAGCGAUGGGUUAUUUUAAUACUACAAUGUUUACCUCUGCAGAUAUUUAACACACUUAUUCAUGGCACAUACACUAUAAAUCCACAGAUAUGCCUUCCUAAUGAUCAUGCACCUGAUUCUGACAGCCUGCUGUUUGUUGUUCAGUUGUUCAGAUUUUGUACAUUUUUAAUUUUGGCAGUCGUUUUAUUCAGCAAUGAUUUCAUUUACAAUUACUAAUUUCCUGUAGUAAAGACUAUUACAGUUUUGCAUUGAUUCUAGAAAUGAAUCAAAGCUUAUUGCAUUGCUAAGCUUUUGUAUGAAUAAAAGUACAAUGUUUUUUCUAACAAA